AGAUAUUUUUCUUGAAAUUGGGGGUAUGAUUGAUGAUUUUAUUUUAUUUUAUAUUUAUUUCCAAAAUUAAGCGGUAACCACAAAUAUUCAUAUUUUUAGUUUUAUGUUUUGUGCCCACACACUGUCCCUCUCUCUUCCUCCUCACAGUUCAUUCAUGGCGUCCAGGCUCUCACUCUCUCCCAUCGCCGAUCUUCCCCUUUCAAGUAAAGCUUUCACUCCACACUCUAGAACAGUCAAUUUGUUCCCUCUUCUGCCCCUAAAUUCUCCUCAUCUCCGUUAUUCCGUCAGAAGAGAAGUACCGCAACUACCAUCUGCAUCACGUCUAAAUGCUGUGAGCGAACAAGUAGUUGAAUCUGUUACAUCAGACUCAACUCAAGAUUCCCAGUCCGCAGAUUCACCGCCUUCUUCGUCGAAGCUUGUUCUCGUUGUGGGUGGCACCGGCGGCGUUGGGCAAUUGGUUGUAGCAUCACUGCUCAAUCGGAAUAUUAAAUCACGCCUCUUACUCCGGAACCCUGAGAAGGCUACUGCUCUUUUUGGUGAACAAGAUGAGGAAAAGUUACAGGUGGUGCAAGGUGACACCCGGAAUCCACAGGAUUUAGAUCCUUCCAUGUUUGAGGGUGUUACGCAUGUUAUUUGCUGCACAGGUACAACUGCCUUCCCUUCAAGGAGAUGGGAUGGAGACAAUACACCUGAAAGAGUAGACUGGGAAGGUGUGAGAAACCUCGUGUCAGCAUUGCCGGCAUCAUUGAAAAGAAUUAUUCUUGUUUCUUCAGUUGGAGUCACCAAGUUUAAUGAAAUCCCCUGGAGCAUCAUGAACCUUUUUGGUGUUCUAAAAUAUAAGAAAAUGGGGGAGGACUUUGUUCGUAAUUCUGGCCUACCAUUUACAAUCAUCAGACCCGGUAGAUUAACAGAUGGACCCUAUACAUCUUAUGAUCUUAAUACUCUCCUCCAGGCUACCGCUGGAGAACGCCGUGCUGUGCUUAUAGGUCAAGGUACUUUAGAUUUUAUAUUGUUAUUGUCUGAGUUUCUCUUCCACACGGAGCUAACUGAAGAAUCAGAUUGCAAAGCAAUUCAGGCGAUAAACUUGUUGGAGAGGUUAGUAGGCUUGUGGUGGCAGAAGCAUGCAUACAGGCACUGGACAUAGAUUUCACCGAAGGCCAAAUUUAUGAAAUCAACUCAGUCAAGGGGGAAGGACCAGGAAGCGAUCCGCAGAAAUGGCAAGAACUAUUCAGAGCUGCCCAGAAACCACUCCCUCUGUAAUUUCACUCGAUGGACAUAAUAUAUACUUACCUGACAUAAAGUCAAAGGUUAGCUUCAAAGAAUUAACAGUAAAGGGCUUGUACAUAUAUAUUUUAUUACAUUAAAACAUAAAGAACAUUAUCUUUCUCUGUAUUCUAUCGGCUUGAAUUGAAUUUCCUUUUACAAGUUGAAUACUUACCAGUGUGUAUCUA